AUGGUUGAAACACCAUCAGCAGCUAUUCCAUUUGGAAAUCCAAUUAAGCUUAUCGACACAUUUCAAUUUUGUACUACAUUUAACCCUCAAACGCUUGAAUGGAAUAUAGCUAAAACCAAAGGCGAAGUACCAACAAGACGUAGGGAUAUUGAAGCAGUCAUUGAUAAUUAA